ACCAUUUCAAUUUAGUAGGAUUGGUUGGGUUUUGUGCUGAGAAACUUCACAUGCAUUUGGUUUAUGAGUACAUGUGUAACGGGUCAUUGGAUCAAUGGAUCUACUGCAGAGACAAACUGCUUGUUCUUGGUUGGCAAUGUAGAAGGAAGAUCAUUCUAGACAUAGCCAAGGGGCUAACAUAUCUCCAUGAAGGAUGCAAGCAGAAAAUAGUUCACUUGGAUAUCAAACCCCAAAACAUCCUCUUGGAUGAAAAUUUCAAUGCCAGGGUUUCUGAUUUCGGGUUGUCUAAGCUAGUAGGGAGAGAGCAAAGCCAAAUUGUGACAACAAUGAGGGGAACGCCAGGUUAUAUGGCCCCAGAAUGGUUGAACUCAACAAUCACAGAAAAAGUAGAUGUAUACAGUUUUGGCAUUGUUGUUCUGGAAAUUUUAUGUGGCAGAAAAAAUGUUGAUCGAUCGUUGCCCGAAGAGGAUGCCCAUUUGGUAAGCCUUUUCAAGAGAAUGUCUGAGGAUGGUGAACUCCUGGAUCUAGUGGAUAAGUACAAUGAGGAGAUGCAAUCACAUGCGGCAGAGGUUGUGGAGAUGAUGAAAGUUGCUGCAUGUUGUUUGCAAGUUGAAUAUGCUAGGAGGCCUUCCAUGUCCACCGUGGUGAAUUUCCUAGAAGGCAAAAUGGAUGAUGAAAACAAAUACAAUUUCUCAAACCCACCAGCACCGGCUGAAGUGGAAACUCUCGGACAUCAAACUGAUACAGCUACAUUGAUUCCAUCUGUUUUAUCUGGUCCAAGGUGAUGAUAUGGAAGGGAGGACGUAAGGAUGUACUGCAACGGUAAUUGAGUAAGACUUUGACCGGCCGCCCCCAAUUAGCAGGUCCUGGUGCGGAGGGUGACUCUGAAAUAUGCAUGGUCCUUGUGUCUUUUCUAUGGGUCCAUUGCAAAGUUGUCAUUUUUUUUAACCGAAAUUAGUUACAAUGUUUUACGUUUUGAUUUAAUUAUCUCGAUCUCAAAUGUUUUGUUUUAAUUUUUGUAUUGUAUUAUUAGUUACUUCAAAUUUGUGUUGCAACUCUAAUAUUUUAAUUCUAAGCAAAUAAUCUCAAUUUUUAUCU